AAAAUAUUGCGCACUGUAGUUUAGAGUGUAAUUACCUCUGACAGUUUAAGUUACCUAACCUAUACUAUUGAGUAAAAUAUUAUUACUUAUUUUUUAACAUAAUAUUGUUAUUCUAUAAAAAACUUGUGAGUGUUAGAAUUUAAUGUAACAUAUACUCAAAAUAAAAACAUUGUUAUAUCAAAGCAAAUAUAAAAAUGGACGUUAUUCCAGGAACUGCAUCACUUCUUGAUGAACUUGAUAAAAAAUUGAUGGUCUUAUUGAGAGAUGGUCGAACUCUCAUUGGCUAUCUCAGAAGUGUGGAUCAGUUUGCAAAUCUUGUUUUGCAUAGGACAAUUGAAAGAAUUCAUGUAGGCAAAGAAUAUGGAGACAUUCCAAGAGGUGUUUUUAUUAUUCGUGGAGAAAAUGUAGUCCUUUUAGGAGAAAUUGACAGGGAUAAAGAAAAAGAUUUACCAUUAUCAGAAGUUUCUGUUGACGACAUUUUAGACGCUCAAAGAAGAGAACAAGAAUUAAAACAAGACCAAGAACGACUGAUGAAUAAAGCAUUAAAAGAAAGAGGCUUGUCAUAUAUUCCUGACUUAGGCCAUGACGAUAUGUUCUAACCUGUUUGUAUACUUUCUUUAAUGUUUGCUUAUUACUUUCUAUAAAUUUUCAAUUAAUUUUGUAAAUUUACUGAUACGUUUUAACGAAUUUCUAUGUUCAUAUCCAAUUCAAUAUAGAAAUUCAUAUAAAAAUUUACUAUACAGUUGAUGAAGAUUUUUUUAUUUAUAAAUCUAUAUUCCUAAUUAUUGUUUAAUUAAUACUAGUGCUUAAAUAAAAUAAAGUUUACAUUAUACUCAA